AUGCCACCAGCACUAGAAAAGAUGCCCAAUAAGUUUGAUGGCUUUGUGCCUAUCCAUUGCAUAUUCUAUGCGCUGUUUCAUCCUACGGAAGGGACUAAGGUAAGGUUCCAGUUCCCAUCAGAUAGUUUAGAAAAGAGCGGAAUCCGUUUCGACACAAUUAAGAAUUAUGUUAUCCCAAAGUCACAACUAUGCAAUAAACUCGUCACUUUUAAGUUUGGUUCCUAUAGACUGGUUUGCUAUCCAGUCAACAUCAAAGCUCCGUACUAUGCCAGAAACUCAUUCAGCUUUAAUUUAGUAUUUGUUUUCCCCUAUGAUUCAGCUACCUCCCCUUAUGAGCCAGCAAUUGCCAGAUUAGCCAAGAUGCUUAGGGUUUUAGAGGAACAAUCUCAGAUGCUGUCAAAAGUGGAGCGAGAUCCUGUAUACUAUCAGUUGAAAACCGGCGAGACGAAGGCAGCGGAGCAGAAGACAGAAGAGUCUGAUUCCAAAGCUAAGACACACAACCUCGACAAAAAGAGUAGAGCACAGCAUAAUGCUACUACAAAGUAUCAUGAAAUUAUGAAGCACAUUAACAGUGAUGAGAAGAAUCUUUAUAUCGAAGAUUUAAUAACGAAAUUAUAUGAGGACCUAAACAACUACUCCGAAUGUUUGAUCCCAAUGGAUUCAGGGAAUGCUAUUGAUAUUAAACUUUUCCCUUUGCUUACACCGCCAAAUUCUUGCCUCUCUUUUGAAGAUGUACCUAUUGCUAAAGUCAAUCUGAUGAAUCUCGUAGAUGUAAACUGGGACCCUACCAUGUUAAAGAUAGUUCCUUUUAUCAACGGGAUCAACAGCAUUGCGAAAAUUUCGAAAUGCAGCGAUAGCGCUGUCGAAUUAGUGAUGGAAUGUAUUAAACACUUGGUAUACUAUGAUUGUGUUGCCCUAGUUGAUAUGUUCCAGUUCAGCAAUAUUUACGCGCCUACCAAUUUGCUCCGAGACUUUUUAUUCGAUUUUAUUCUUCCUAGAGAAUGCCAGGUAUAUGUAGUAUCCAGUGAAGAUUGCGAAAUUCAUCGACUUCCAUUCGAAAGCAGACCUAACGGAGGGCAUUCACGCAACCAGACAGCGUCUACCAACACGGUCUAUACACUCCGAAGAACAACUUCGACCAAUAGAGCCGACUCUUUCAGCUCUAAUGCUGAAUUUUCUCAGAAGUCCAGUGGGAUAUCUUCUUUAGCACAGUCAUUCACGCAAUCUAACAAAGACUAUUAUUACAACCGUUCGCGCAACUUAGAAUCGAAUUGCAAAAGAACUCUUCCUACAAGGCGUGUUCUCUUUGAUUUGUAUCGUUCGUUGACGCAGGGCCAAACCUUAAAAGAGUGGUAUAAAGCAAACUAUUCCGCUAUCCGCGAAAACCAAAUCGAUGUCCGCAGACUAAUAAUAUUUGGGGUCUUUCACAGGCUAAUUUAUAGAUGUUAUUCUUAUCCGGUGGCUAAGAGCAUUGGCACAUUGGAAUUAUUGAAAAGGUUUGAUUAUGUUUCGACGACAGACAAUUUUAUACCUACUGGAACAAGCGCAGGAAAUAAUGUCUUCUCAACUUCCGAUAUUCGCGUAGAUUUUGAUGGUUCCUCACGUAGCAGAAAUAUCCCACCGUUUCUAAACAGUUCUGAUGUUGCAGAGGAGGUGUUAAGAGAAACGUACCAAAAACUCUCAAUCAAGGAUAUCCUAAACGAUUCGAUUGAUCCUAUUGCAAAAGGAUAUCAAGCACCUUCAGAUAACGAAGCUGCAAUGAAAGGUACAUCUAGGAAACAAAGUAUGAGUACCUUGAAUACCACUAGAAUAACAUUCGAUAUUCGAAAUCGCCAUGUUUCGAAGGAUAAUGAACACCGUGAACAGCAGAAUGAGGACAUACCAUUGUUAUUGAAGAAAAAACGGUUACAGGAAUUUCUCCUACUUCAAUCUGUUAAAAGCGUCGACAGCUUUGACAAGAUUGCAGUGAGAUUAGAAAUGAAUAAACACGAAGUAGAACGUCUUCUAAAGGGAACAGGUGAAUAUAACAUAGUUAACAGUUAG